CGUUCAGGGAACAAGACCAGGAAACGGAAGUUUUUUUCAACAUGGCGGCAUCCAGGAACUUGAACGUCAACGUUAGCGGCUGCGUUUGGAGUUCGCUCUUCCUCGACCAUGCCAGUAGUAUGGGUGACCAGGAGGGUUUCUUGUUUGGGGAGAUCAGGAGGCAUACAAACGAAGACAUCAGCGACUCCCAGAUUACCAGAAAGAUAGAACAAAUUUCAAUCAAUAUUUACUCCCACUACGCAUGUGAUGAGCCUUUCAGUUUCUAUGAUCGCAGGGGGCGUGUGGACCAAGUGAAACUCCUGUCCAUGCUCAAAGACAACUACAAGCACAUUAUAGGCUGGUAUCGUUUCCGUCGGAACACCAUGUUGGACCCGUCCAUGCGAGAGACCACACUGCACCGUGAGCUGUUGAAUCUCUUCCACACCGACACCCCCGACCUCUUCCUCCUCGGUCUGUUCACCUCAGGAAUGGCAUGGAAUCAAGCUACGCACUUCUUCAACCAUCAACUACUCACUCUUGGGAACAGGGGUCUGACUCGGUUAGGGGCAAACAUUAUCAAUCUAGGAGACACAGGCCAUUCAGAGUAUAGGGCGUCUGGCAGUGCAGGUACAGUAGCCACAGUCCAGGGCACCUACUCCAGGAUACUCACGGACUUCAGGGGACGUACUGCUGACAGUCUCCAUGGUGUGCGUGUCAUUCGUGAUAUCAACGAUUCCGUGUAUUCCAAAAUGCAGAUUCUUAAAAAUAAGCUAGGCACAAGCGAGCAACUGCUGCAGACUGAAAUAGAGGAGGUCAGGGAGUUACAGAGGGAGAAGAAAGAACGGAGGGAGGCACAAAAGAGGUUGGAACAGCAGGCUAGGACGGCCACUGCAAGACCAGAAUCUCCAGCAGCAAGUAUGGAUGUAGAUACUCUAGUGCUAGCCAAGGCCGUCGUUCAUCAUCCCAAACCUCCCCCGACUCGCCAAAAAGAGCCUCUCAAGCCCUCCUUGGCCCCAACUUUCUCCAACCCGCCCAAACCCGCCCAAGCUAGGCCAGCCCAGGCUGCAUCAGUCCCGCCCAGCCGGCCGGCGGGUCGCUCCAGUGCUACCUCCUCGAGCGGUGCCUCCAGCAUCGCCAAGGAUGCAACACCGAAAUUGGCCGUGGUGUCCCCGGAAGGCUCUAGCAAGGACCCUUUCGCGGGACUCUUCAAGGACAUGAAGAAGUCCAUCCAGAAGACCACAAGUCUUGGGGAGGAGCUGAGGCCGGCAGAACAGGAUGGUCCACGGUCUGCAAGAGCCCACUCAUGGGACAAAGCCAAAGAGGCGGAGUUACGGAGCUCCCCUGCAAAGAGCAGAGAGAGGAACUCUAUGGACCUGAGUGACAGGCCCCCGCCGUACGGCUCCUCCCCCUUGCAGGGGAGCCCCGCCUCCUGGGAUGGCUCUAGCCCUCAGCGAUGGAACACGGAAGACAGUGAUGAUGCCACACAGAUGCCAGAGUAUCCUUCAUCAGCGUCACCAACAUUUUGAG